AUGACGCAAAUUCAUCCUCUCGCAAUUGUAUCCAGUGGAAGAAUUUGGGCUGUUCAGCAAAAUGGCGGGAAUGAGUCAACAAAUACUCCGAAUUAUGCCUUGUUUCGCCUUCGAAAUCUGAAGGGCCCAAUCGACGAAGUAGCUUUAUGUAAUGCCAUAUUGACACCACAGGAUGCUCGUGAAGACUUCACCUUUGAAGUGUCCGAUUAUGACGGUACAUCUGCCACAGUUCGAAUCGUUUUCAACAAUACGACGCAUCAUAACUUGGUUCAACGAUUGAGUAUUUACUCGGAGAUCAGAAACCUUUCAGAAAAUGGAUUUUAUGACUGGUUUGCGAUUGACUCUGCUACUAUCCAAUGCAUGAACCCGCGUCCUGCGACUGAAUCAAUAACUUUACAAGAUCAACCAAUUCAAAUUGAAACGGUGGAUAGAGUGAUUGAUCAAAUAAGUGGUGGUGAAUAUCAAUGUUUGCCAUCAAUCUUUCCAGGGACUACUUUAACGUCUAGCGAAGAUGGUCGAACUAGCAUUUUGUGGGGGGAGUCGUUCACGAAUAUAGCGACCACUAUAAAAAUGGUUAAUCUUAUGAUCUUUACAAGAGCAAAGGACUUCACAGAAACGGAAAAAGACAGAUUUAUUGUGUUUAUUGUUCGAAUUCUAAAUGUCAUGAAAAGCAUACCUAUACUUGGUAAAACGAUUGUGACAAUUGAAGAAUCCACAGGUGGUAGAUUGGGUCAUGACUUUUUUAAAGACUAUUACGAAGGGCUAGAUCAUCACCUAGUGAAAUUAGAAGAGGCACUCGGUGAAACGAUUAUAUCUUUGAGUGAGGGUCAAUACGAUAAUCUUAAUGAACAUUUCCGAAAAAUGGGCGAGGUCCUUUCUCGCAUAUGCCCGUUUGUUGAAAAUGGUAGCCAGGAGCUAAAUAAUUUGGCGGAGUAUGUCAAAAAACUCCAAGAAAAGAAAGAUAUUACGGAUAAAAUUGUUAAAGGAGCUUUGACUGGUGCAGCAAUUUCUUUAACUGCGGGACUGACCACAUUAUUUAUGAGGAAACUUUUAGUGACAUGGGCGUUCAGCUGUGCCGGCUGCGCUGGUGUUGGUGGUGCGGCGGCAUACUUACUAAGCAAUCAUUACAAAAAUACCAUCUCCCGUUAUGAUGAUACACAUAAGAAUUUAAAAAGCAUGGAAAAUUUACUAAAGAGGAUGUCAGAAUCGAAUAACACUUACCUUAAUCUGGAUGAAGGAAAAUAUCCCGGCAGGGCGGAAAUUUUGAUCGAGUGCCUCAAAGAAUUUCAAGAGGAAAUCCGUAAAUUGCGUCCAUCCACCAUAUUAGAUACACAUACACUUUGA